UGUCUUCUUAAUGCCUUAUUCAAAAUUAUACCAGCUCGUUAAAACGACAUUGGAUAUUGGGUAUCAGAGGCGCCCGUAUUCAGCGUGUGCGCUACUUCCUACCCAGAUUUCCUAGAUGUUGGGUUUAUGAUUGCACUCUACUUCUUGGAAAUGAUGUUGGAAGUAAAAAAGGCAUUUUCAAAUUUUUUAAGAAUAAAUAAUGACUCAAACCAAAUCAGUCAAACGAAGGAUAGUCCCCAAACAGAUACACAAGAGAAUUCUAAUAUUAACAAUCAUCACCAUCCCGUUUCUGCAUAUAGAAAUAGUGUUUGUAACGCAGAUGGUUAUGCAAAAAUCAAAGAUUACUGUCCUCGUUCUAGUUUCAGGGGGUUUACAGUUUUUGAUUCCUUGGAUUUGGCGGGACAUAGAGUACAACCCCUCGUGAAUUCUAAGUGCAGACCAGAGUCCAUAGAACUUGGGUUGAUUAGUCCUGUAAAGGCAUCCCAGAAGAAGAGUUCUUCAGAAAAUGGCCACUUAUUCUGCCCUGUUCCUCUCGAAGGCGAUACAUUUUGUGAUCAUUGCAGUCAACCUAUUUGGGAAUUAGGAUGGCGGCCUGUGUGUUUAAAAUGUGCAAAAUGCCACAUGACAUGUCACUGGUUGUGCAGUGAUGAAGUUGUAGUUCUAUGUGAUGGUGAUACCAAGUACACUAAUCAAUUGACUGAAGAAUGUUCAUUUCUUGCUGAAGAUGUUUCAAACGAAGAAAUUAAACAAGUCGAUAAAGAACUUUCUGAAUUAUCAAUAACUUUGGAGAACGAUGAAAAUGAUCAGCUUUCGUCUGAGGACACGUUAACCAAGUCUUCCAAAGUAGAUUCUCUUGUAAAUAUUCCAUCAUUGACUGACGUCUUACCGGUAAAUGGUGAUAAUGUUGAAAUGGUUGAGCAUAUUUCUGGAGAUGUUGCUGCAGAAGUGGACUUUCCUAAUUCCAAACAACCUAUGUUUAAGGCAUUCAAUGUCAACUCUUCAUUAGAUACACAACAAUUUGAUCUAAAUGAAACAGUUCACGUACAACAACAAAAAGUUGAGUAUGUUGAAGCGGUUGUUACUGCUACCACGACCACUACUACUUCCGGCGGUGAUGGUCGUGGUGGUGGUGAUCCACAUACAUCUUCAUCAGCAGAAAAGCAAAUAAGAUCCAAUCUUCAGUUGUCACCAACACUGUCAAGACGUGCUACAGAUCUGCGCAAAGAGAAAAAACCCGCCAACGUAAAGCUGACUACACGACAUUCAUUUUUAUCUGGAAGUAAUAAACCACCGCAUGUUUGUUUAGCUUAUGAUUUUUCAAGUUUAGAUAAAGAAGCUAUUCGAAAUCACGGGAUAUCUGUAAGACAAUUGAGUCCAUCACUGACCGAAUUACAACAAACCUCUUCUUCUUCGCAUGAAUCAUUUCACGAAAACAUAAAUAUCACCGAUGACUUCAUAACAGAACCUGAGACAAAUGUCCACUCAUCGCCGUCAUCACCAUCACCACUCUUGUCGAAUGAAAAUUCUACUACGGAGCAAGAAUGCUCAGAUAUUGGUUUAGCUAGUGUUAUUCAGACAACACAAGAAUUUAUUCGUACUAAACGUGCUAAACGAAGCUUUCAAAAUCAUAUGAUGAUGUCAUCAAAAAAUAUGCUAUCGCUUAUUCCAAUGGUUGUUGGACCACGAGCUGUAUUGCCUUGGUCUGCAGAUCGUUUAAAACAACUUAUUACUGUAUUUAGUACAAAUGAUUUUGGAUUACAGGUGACAAAUUCGACUGAUAUCGAUCCAUGUGAUUGUGAAGGUCAAGUUCGUGUACACAUAAACCUACUUCGUCCUAUUCGAAUGUUAUUGACAGCUCGACCUGCUUCUAUAUUCGAUGUAGUUGGUUCGAAAAGUGUAGAUGAUGAAGACGAGGACGAUGAUAGCGAUGAUGAAGUGGAGCAGGAGCAUGAGGUAGAGGGAACAGAAGAAAGCGUCAAUCCUUGUCCAUGGUUUGUGAAACAUACCAGUGAUAAUAGGGCUAAUAUUGAUGUCUAUCACAACUAUAGCGCUGCGAAUGUUCCUGCCUUCUUAUUAUCAAGUGAAAAAUCAAAUGAUGUUGGACAAAAUGCUGCUGGAGUUCGUCGUCAUCGAUUAGGUCGAACAGCCUCUAGAGUGUCAACUUUCCGAUUGCCCAGAGGGAGUACUAAGUUGUUGCAUGUUCGACUGUCAACAACUGCACAAAUGGUGAUUUGUGCAUUACUCGAUCGAUUUGGUAUACGUGAUAAUCCUCAAAAGUUUGCUUUAUAUGAACAUACAAUUGAAGGUGAUCAAAAAGUUUCUGUACGAAAAUUAUUUGAUGAUGAAUCCCCAUUGGGUUUAUUAUUCAAAUGGGCUGAACAAGAUCCAAGCAAUUUUAAUAAUAUUCUCAGUGUUAAACGAUUAGUACUACAAGAAAACGAAACUGGUGAUAUUGAAUGGUCCACAUUCAGUUUAUCUGAAUUGCAUACAUUCCUUGGUAUAUUGAAUCGUGAAGAAAACGAUUAUCGUCGACGUAUUGAAAUGAAGUAUGAAAUACGCAGGAAAGAAAUAAAACGUCUAAUGGAUUUACGUUUGAAUGAAAUGAAAUCCUCUGAAAUUGACGUUAGUAAUGCUCCCUCGACUACAAGUGUUGAACCAUCAAAAAAUAUUAUUUCUGAAUCGUACAAUGCUGAAAACAAUAGUGAUAAUAAUCAUAAUUAUAAUAACAGUAAUGAUGGUAAUACUCACUCACCAGAAGAACAUGUAUGCAGAAGCACAAAACCUAAUGUAUAUUCUCCUAUGGAUUCAAUGUCUGCACCAGUUUCACCGACUAUGUUCCGUAAAAAUGAAAAUCAAUUAAAACUGGAAGGUGGUGGUGCUGGUGGCGGUGGUGAACCGUUGAAUUUCUUUCAUGCAUCACCUUCACCAGAUUCAUGUUCAUCUCCAGAAUCAACACUUCGGCAGAAAACAACCGUGAGACAGAGUCAGUUAUUAUCCAAUGCUGUCAUGACAUUACCUCGUUCACCGACAGUAAUGAAAACUCCUUCAUCAUCACCAUCAUCUAAUAAUAAACUCCCCUCGAUAUUUAAAUCAUUUUCUAAUUUCAAAGCAAGAAAAGCUGAAAUCUCUCAACAGAAACGAUUAGCUAAGCUAGAGAAAGCUCGUAUGAAAGCAGAGCAACACCAACAACAGAAAGAUCGUGUCAAAAACAGCAGUCAUGCCUCACAAGUGUCUACAUGGAAAUGGUUUGGAUUUGGUACUAUUUCACCUUCACGUGCAGCGGCUACUCCUACUGCUGCAUCGAUAUCUUCACAGUUAUCAUCAAAUCAGUAGGCUACAUUUGUCGAAGGAGAAGAGGAUGUUUUUCUUUGCCCCACUGUCUUCCAUUUUUUUCUGUGAAUGUAAAUAAUGUACUUAGGAGACGUUGGUUAGUUGUUUCCUCUCUCUCUCUCGCUUUACCAAUUUUUUUCUUCUCAUUGUUGUGAAUACAUUUCACGGCUAUUUUUAUUUUGCCUCUCUCUUGGAUAGAUGAGUCUGAUUUUUUCUUUUUUUGGCCUUCGUCAGCCAGCUUUAUCUCUGUGUGUGUGUGUGUGUGUGUAAAUCUAUUUAUAUAAAAAACACCAUAAAGUGGCCUUAAACGGUAACCAAUGAAUAUAUAUGUAGUAUUUUUAGCAGCUGUAGAGGUAGAUGUCUAGUCGAUUCAUCAAUAUCUUGUACAUCUUCAGUAAAUCAAUAAUAAUAAUAAGUUUGACAAUUAAUUACAUUUUUUAACUACAUUUUUACUAUUCAAUGACUGUAAAUAAUAAUAGUGAUAUUAGUGAUAAUUACAAGUUUUUCCCCCUCUUUUAUGAACUUAUUUUUCUUACUCUACUGUACUGUGACAAAUCUGCUGAGUGCGCUGUAUUAUUAAUUAAUAAAUAAUUCAUCAUUAUAAUUUUCCAUUGGAUUUUUCACAUUACAAUCAACUCUGUACUGUGUACUGUUCUCUGUUUGUUUUGGUUGACUGGUGUAAAAUACACCAGUCGUCUGUUUAACUCUCUCUCUUUUUAGCGAAUUAAGAAAAAAAACACCAAACAUCAUUGUAUGUUGCGCUCUUUUUUGUUUGUUUUGUGAAGAGUUUGACUUUGAAAAGAUUUGUAACUCAGGUGGAUGGAUAAUUUGCAAUUAGUAUAGUGUUCUCUGAGCUGAUUGGUUUUGGUUGCGGAGCUUUGGUCGUCGUCGUCCCCCCUCCCCCGCUGCUGGACAACAUCCCCAUUCAGUGAAGUAUUUAGGAUAAAGUGAAAUGAUUUAAAUUUUUCUUCAUGAGUGAUAUAGAAUUGCGUCUCCUGGUAACCAUUUUUACAUCUGUAUUGAUCAUUCAUUUUCUAUUGACUUGGAGUUUAAACUUUCUAGUUACCUGAUUUACUCUUUAUUAGUUGGUAUAUUUGGUCUAUAUGUUAACGUGUUUGUUAAUCACUGGCUGAUUCGUUUGAGUACCAGACUUCUAGGAAUUCCCUGACUGCACUUUUGGUG